CUCUCAUUCUCAUUACAAGCCUCUUACCACCAUUUUAGUUUCUCCAUCUCCUUCCCGGUAAAAGUAUCGUACUUUUAUCCAGUAGUAGCAAUGGCCAUUAUACCAAGGUUAGUAACCGACAAAGCGGUGGUUAUAUUCAGCAAGAAUUCUUGCUGUAUAUGCCACAGCAUUAGGACGCUAAUAUGCAGCUUUGGAGCAAACCCAACUGUUUACGAGCUCGAUGAACGACCAGAUGGUCAGGAAAUCGAAAGGGAACUCAAAGCCUUAGGGCGUAAGCCAUGUGUCCCAGCUGUUUUUAUAGGACAAGAGCUGGUCGGUGGAGCCAAUGAGAUCAUGAGCCUGCAUCUUCAAGGCAAGUUGGUCCCUAUGCUCAUCAAAGAGAGAGCUAUAUGGCUCUAGAACAAGAAUAUGAUCAGAACCAUGGUGUUUUAUAGCCCAUAAACAAAGCAUUUUGUUAAGCUCUGGCAUACUUGAGAACAAUCUUGGAUCAGAGAAUAAGUAGCAACUCAGCUGGCAUUUUGUCUAGACAGGCCAUAUAUGAUAUAUGUAACUUAUUUGGUUUCAACCCUUUUCUUGAGAGCAAUUAUGAAUCAGAGGAUAAGUAGUAACUCAGCUGGCAUUUUUUCUAGCCAUGCCAUAUAUGAUCUAUGUAAGUUAUUUUGUUUCAAGUUUCAACCUUUUUCCUUUAUUAUGUCCACCCAAAGUCCUUAAUCAUUUGGCAUUUCAGAAAAUGAUCAAUGGUUGGCACAAAAAUCUUGUUUUUUGAAGUAU